UUGCUGUUUUCACUUUCAAACUAUCCCAGAGUUAAGACAACACCUAAAAACUCCGCUUUUGAGCAUGGUAAGGAACGUUUCGUAGUUUUAUUGAUAAAAUAUUCAAGUAUGUUCAAGAACUUGGGAAGCUGGCUCGGGAUUGAAAGCGAAAAUGGACCCGUUAAACAACAAAGCGAGCCUGCUGUUGAUGUUAAAGAGGAUCAAAAUCUCGACGUAAACAAACCGACUACAGCUGCUGAAAGCGAGCAGACCAGCGCUGAGAAAGACGUUCAACCAACUCCGCUUCUUCAGAAAGCCAAAGGCUUCAGCGGUUAUAUUUAUAAUGUCGCCAGCAGUGCCUCAAAGAAACUGUCGGAGUCUAUGGUAGAAACAGCUCAGACACUGAAGAAAAGUGUGGAGGAGGGCAAGAUGAAUGGAAUUAUUGAUAAAACCAUUUUAGGUGAUUUCCAGAAAGAACAAGAGAAAUUUGUGCAGGAGAAAAAGGCAAAAAAGUCUGGUGCUGCUGUGCCGCCGUGGGUUGGUUAUAAUGAAGAAGAAACUAUGCAGCAGCAGAUUCUGGCUCUCUCAGCUGACAAAAGGAAUUUUUUGCGAGAUCCUCCUGCUGGAGUGCAAUUUCACUUUGACUGUGAGCAAAUGUAUCCUGUCGCCAUGGUGAUGCUGGAGGAAGAUGAGCUCCUUCAAAAGAUGCGCUUCCAUCUGGUCCCCAAACAGGUGAAAGAGGAGGCCUUCUGGAAGAAUUACUUUUACCGGGUGUCCUUAAUAAAACAGUCGGCUCAGCUCACAGCUCUCGCAGCACAGCAGGCGGCUGAGCGGAGAGGCGUGGAGAAAACUGGCACCAGUCCUGAGGAGGUUCAACAAAAGGAAGCUGUUAAACAGAAAACCCAUGCUGCCAACCAUAGAAAUAAACCAAAGUCCAGUGAGGAGGUGGAGAUCUCCACCAGCCCGCCUGUGUCUGAGUUUGUGAGCGAUGCUUUUGACUCAUGCAACAUAAAUGAGGACGACCUGCGAAAAGAAAUGGAACAGCUGGUUCUUGACAAGAAGGAGCAUCCAGACUCACAGCAGGAGGAGACCCCAGACUGGGAGCGAGAGCUACAGGAGGAGCUGCAAGAGUACGACGUGCUGCCGGAUAACGAGAACCACGAUGAAAACUGGGACAGAGAGAUUGAAGAGAUGCUAAAGGAGGACAGUUAGAGCACACGUAGACACUCUGUCAGCUUUAACGGAUUCACAAUCACCUCCAAGGUCAGAAAAUGACUGCAGCUUACUUCUCCCAGGGGACCCGUUCAUCUUAAUAUCAGUCCUCUAUGAACACUGCAGAGGGAGAAAUAACACUGAGCCACAUUAACAUUUCAGUGUGCUAUUUCUGUGGCCCGAAUGGUUCAAUGCAUAAAUAUUUAGCAUUGUCUCAUUUAGGUAGUAUAAAAGAAGGUAUUGUUUGCAAACUUCACACCCAGCAAACUAACAGCUUACCUCCGAUUCUGGUUCAGGAUUUAAGUUGGGAUAACUUUUAAUAAACUAAAUAUUUUAGUCACAGGUGACCAAAUCUGAAAAAUGGUGAGUGGUAAAAGAUUGAUGAAGCAUAAAAGUAGCAGGAGUACGAAUCCUACAGGGUUUGGAGGCUGUCACCAAAUGCAGUAGCUAACAAAUUAAAAAAAAUACCUGUAAGUUGUAAGCUGUUAGCUAUUCCUCAUUAAAACUAGCCCUUUUCACAGUGUACUUCUGCAAGAACACCAUUAUGAAAGCCUGCUGUUGUUAUUCUUUAAGACGUGAAUAUUGAUUCUACAAUGUAGAAUCAGUAGGUCAGUUAAUGGAGUGGGCUUUACUGUUAAUACUCGUUGCAUGUAGACUACCAAACCAGUUCAGAGUAAAGGCAAGCUCAGACUACAUUACAGAGUCUGAUUAUGAGUACGUUUCCAGAAAACUUUGAAGAAGAAGGAAUAAUUCAUACGAAAGUUAUUACAGGUUAAAGUCAUUAUAAAAAGGCCUGAUUUUGAAAAAUAUCAUAAAGCUGGUGGACUUCCUGUUGGGAUUUGGACAUGGGCCCAAGAGGCUUUUUUGUAGGUCUCAUGAUGACCCAUAUGCAGACCAAAAAUCAUAAGCCUAUGCUGAAUAAUGUACAGGGGCUAAUUGUUUAAAAUGACGCAAAAAAAAAAUCAUAAUUCAAACACUUGGACCAGAUAGUGGCCCCGCCCUAUGGUGAAAACUUUAGCUUUUGAUAACUUUAUAGCCCUCCAGCUUGUCUAGAAUCAGCCCCCCAAAAAUUCUGGGGUCAAAAAAAAACAGUGAAAUUUCCCCCAUGCCCUUUAUGAUCUCACUUCCUGUACAUAUUUUUAAAAGACAUUAUAUUAGUUUUUUGUUUGUCUUGGCAUGAUAGAUAUUUGUGCCAACUUUUAUGCAUGUAGCUUGAACUAUGUUGGGGGACCCUGAAAAAGGACAUUUGGGGCCUCUGUUGGGCCAUUUUGGCUACGUUUACACUGCGGUGUUCUCAGAUCUGUUUUGUUUUUGCUGUUCACACUGCAGUUGACUUUCGAAAGAUCAGAUAUGUAUCUGAUUUAGAACCACAUAUGAACAUGGUUUGAAUCUGAUCCGAAAAGGUCAGAUUCAAUGUGACUUGUGCUGUUCACACUGUCAGAAAAAGAUCAUGUAUGCGUCACAUGUGAGCAAAAAAAUGAGAUUGAGGUCACUUUUAACUGUAGUGUGAACAUAGCCUUCGUGACAGACAUGCACAAAACACUAGAAUACUUAAAUAUUCAACAGGAUUGAAGCAUCUGUGAAAUUUGGUGAGUUCAGGGGCAUGUCAUGGCCUCCAAAUUAACCAUUUAUUUGCCAGAAUGAUGAUAAAAGAAGAAAUCCUUUAGUUUCAUUGGGAUCGAAUGAUCCAGCAUCCAGACUUUUUGAAUCUACGCUGUGAUGAAGAGAAACAAGUUCGGCAAACUGACUGUGCCGUCUGUCACAAAGUACCAAAGAUUGCUGCCUCAAGCUUCAACUCCAAAAAUUACCUGAUUUAUCAGACCAAAUUAUGAGUUUAAGAUUGAGCAAGGAUGCAUUCCUUCUUUUUAAAGCGGCCUUUAAAAAAUCAAAUUAAAAUGUUCAACUUUAGGAAAAAGAAAGUGAAAAUUUGUAUCUCAUAAGUUACAUAAUCUUUCAUUAUUAGGGUUAAUUCUAACUCAUCAUGACUUAAGGUUUUAUCUAAUUGAAACAUCCACGUAAUGAAGGAAGAGAUGCAGGUUACAAAGAUUCAUUAUGACCAUGGAGUUUGUUACAGAAAUAUCAUGAAAUUACUAUCUUAUAUUUUCAAGAUAUUUCCAUAGUAACAGUUAAAUAUACUAAGCAAAGUUCAUCCAGUGUCUCAGUGACUGAGACAAUUUUUUUCAUAAACGAACAUUAUGUUGUGCACCCUAAAAAGAUGUGAUAUUUCUAGUUUUCUGUUAAAGUGCCUUACUGUAGAUGUCAUAGUGCACAGAGUAUGCUACACUUUAGACCAAGAGUAAUUUCUCUUUUUAUGAUAAAAUACAUGACUGACUAUGAACAUAAACAAGCACAAUCAUGCUGUUCACUGUAGAAGCUGGUACUCGGUGCAGACAUGUCCGUCCAAACAAGCCUUUCAUUCAACCAGGAAAACCGAGCCAAAUCCAUUAUGUCUUUAUUUGUUGUCAUUGUGCUGGAUGUCUUUGUUUCCAUACUGUUGUUGAUCAUGAAAUCAUAAGUACAGAGUUAACUGUCUUUCUUGCUUUUAUCCUAUUCAUGCUUAUUGAAUCAGUUCUUAAUGGUUGUAUAUGGAUUGAUUUUAACUGCAGAAAUAAAAACAUUAAAU